UUUUGAUUGUAACGAAUAAUAACGAACUGUGGUUAUUUUACUCAAUACUUUAUAUUUAUUUUUAAUAAUUAAGUGUGUUAUAAUUUUUUAUUAUUACCAAAUCUCCUAGAAAGAUUACUUAAGCUUUUAAUUAUCAGCCUAUAUUGCUAUGGGCAUAUUCCAAUAGGAAGUUUGUAAUAUGGAGAAAAAUGCAAAACCAAGCAUGGAAGAGCAAGGCACGAAAUCAUAUCUACAGCACCAGAUAGAUAAGCUGAAGGCAUUGCAAGCGAAACUAUCUACUGAAGUGGAAGAGGAUUAUGUUAUUAUUAAGGAGGAAGCACGCAGCGGCUAUGAUUCAGAGUCGAGUGACUAUUCAGAGGAUGACACGUAUGAAGAUGUACCGCCUCCAACCAAAGGCUCUGGGCCGCGGAAGAAUAUCAAUAGGGGAAGGUGGACCAAAGAUGAGGACAAACGUUUGAAGGUUUACGUUAAGAUGUACAAUGAGAAUUGGGAGAAGAUAGCGAGUCAGUUUCCUGAUAGAUCUGAUGUUCAGUGUCAACAGAGGUGGACCAAGGUUGUCAACCCUGAACUAGUCAAGGGUCCCUGGACGAAAGAGGAAGACGAAAAAGUCAUGGAGUUGGUAGCGAAGUACGGACCAAAAAAAUGGACUCUCAUAGCGCGACAUCUCAAAGGCAGAAUAGGGAAACAAUGCAGAGAACGUUGGCACAAUCAUCUCAAUCCUUCAAUAAAGAAAAGUGCGUGGACGGAGCAUGAAGACAGAGUCAUAUAUCAAGCUCACAGACAGCUUGGAAACCAAUGGGCGAAAAUAGCGAAGCUCUUACCCGGAAGAACUGACAAUGCUAUAAAGAACCAUUGGAACUCAACAAUGAGAAGAAAAUAUGAGCCGGAGUUACUUGACAGUUUUGAACACUUGAGGAAGAAGAAACGAAAGGAAGAAGAUACACAACACAAUGAUACAUGGUCGGACACACUGAACGAGUCGAGUCAGUCCUCAAGUGCACCGGCGGUUCAUCUUCGACAGUUGCUAAGAGAGAGGGCACGAGGCUCACUGGCACCAGCGGAUAGCGUCGAGAUAGUCGAUUCGCCGUUUAGAUUCGUCAAUUUAGAGUCACUGCCUUUGAAUUCACCAGUGAAGAAUUAUUUGAGUCAAGCCUCCACAAGCGAUAAUAACAGCCAAAAUACAAUAACUUACUCAAUACAAUCUGAAGCUGAUAAAGAAAUAGUGGUACCGUCAAUAUACUCACCUCGAGACUCCCCACCGCCUAUAUUAAGAAGGGCCAAGCGGAAAACAGCUGACACCACAACACCUUCAAGACAACCGUGGUCGGAUCCUCUAUCUCGUGUAAUGGAGAGCGGUGCUCCUCUACAAGCAUUACCGUUCAGCCCAUCUCAGUUCCUGGUAGCGCCGCUUGGGAAACAGGACGCGACCCCGCUUAGGACUAAGGAAUUGGGUGUAAGUCCUCUAUUGCACACGCCGACACCGAACCUAACACCUGGCGGAACACAGUUUGAACAGAAACAUACACCUAAAACUCCGACCCCAUUCAAGUUAGCGAUGGCCGAAAUUGGCAAGAAGUCAGGUUUGAAAUAUGAACCGUCCAGCCCGGAGCUGCUGGUGGAGGACAUCACUGAGAUGAUACAGCGAGAGAACUCCGACAGUCUACACGAGUGUCUACUGUCACACGACCAAGAAGCGCAGAUGAGUUCAGACUCCGGUAUAUCAAGCGUGCAGCGCGGUAAAGAGAACGUUCCUGGUGUACGUCGUUCGCGUAAAGCGCUCGCACAUACAUGGGGAGCCGCUACUAGCACGCCGCGAGCGAGACUGCACGUGCCCGAUGUAUGCUUCGGAGUUGAGACGCCGAGUAAGACCCUGGCCGGCGACAGUUCCGUUCUAUUCUCGCCGCCAUCGAUAGUGAAGCAUUCCCUCCUAGAAGAAUCUACAAGCAUCAUAUCAGAGAACACGCCAGAAGCCUACGAAGAAAUUAAGGAGCGAAGACUAUCAAGUGAGCCGGUUGUUGUGAAGAAAUCAGCGGUGAGAUCCAUCAAGUUCGACCAGGACAUUGAAAAUAAGGAGGAGAAACCAUCGUUUAUAUUGACUGACAAAUGGGAGAUAUUCGCCUGCGGUAAGACUCAGGACCAGUUGGAUCUAACGAUGCUAGCUCAUCAAUACCUCAGGAAGACAGCCCUGAAGCCGCGCUCACUCAACUUCUAGGGCUACCACCUUAUACUUAUAUAUUAAUUUUGUGAUGGGUCCUACUAGGGUUGCCUCCUUAGUUAUUCAUGCAUAUUCUAAAAUGCUCCAAUAGCGUUGCCAUCACAUGUUUAGUUGUAGAUACUUUGGGAUGUGUUCUUAGGGUUAUCACCUAAUAGUUAUGUAUUGAUAUUCUGGGUUAUCUUUCGAGUUAUAUAUGGACAUUUGGAAAUGCUUCGAUAUGGUUGCCAUCUUAGUUUGGUGUAUAUACAUUUUAGGAUGUCUUCCAAUAGGGUUGCCAUCAUAAGGUUUUGUGUGCACAUUUUAGGAGGUUUUCGUAGGGUUGCCACUUAACAGAUCUGUGUGUAUAUUUUGGGAUGUAUUUUUAUAGAGUUGCAAAAUUCGAAUUAUAACUGUCUUUAUUUAAUGUUUUAGCUUGUAAGUUAUCAUGAAUACAAAUAUUGUUGCUCAAGAAAACCAACAUAGCUGUUUUCAAUAAAGGAAAAAAAAGUAUUACAAACUGUUAUAAUGCUGAAGUCAUAUCCUUAUAGAUUAUUACAAAAUGAUUUUAUUGGUUUAGCUGUCUUUUGUUCCAUAUAUAUUUAAAGUCUGAUUUGGCAGCCCUAGUUAUUUAGUACAUUUGUAACUAGUUUAUGUAAUAUUAGUUUUAUAUCAGAUGUUUUAUUUAAUGUAUCAGUGAUGGAAAAAAAAAUCAAUCAUGUUGCGUUUUCAUGGUUUGCUCUGUCUUAUAUAGUGCCAUUUAAAUUUACAUAUUGUAUUUAUUUGUAAAUUUUAUUACAACUUAGUAGUCUGUCUGUGUGUAAUAUUUAGAAUAUUUCUAGUUUUAAGUUUUUUUGUAAUAAGUUUUGAUGUAAGAUUGUAAUUUCAUUAUGUUUUAAUUGUUUAUUCUAUAUUUAUUUUAAUUUUCUGUGAAUUUUUUUUUAGUUUUUUUUUUUUAAACAAGUUUAUGGCAACACGGUGAAGUGAAGGAUUUUAAUUUUUGUAACAGUGUCAUCAAGAAUUAUUAUUUCUUAUUUAUUAUUUUUCAAAGAUUUAGUGUAAAUAGAUUUAAGAUUUUUUUUAUUAUUUUUUUUUGCUUCGAAGUAACGUUUGUAUGUUUGUUUUAGUUAAUAAAGAUGAUGAUAAAAUUGUGUUACAAACAAUAUAUAUAUAUAUAUAAAUUUCAUGAGAAAUUCAUCAAAGAUUUAAAUAGAUAUAAAAAUAAUAAUGAAGAUGAAAAUACAAUACCUUAUCGUAACAGAGAAGCAAUAAAUUAAUGUACACAAAACAAAAUGUCUGGUAACAUUUUUUAAAUAUACAAAAUUUUUUAUAUAGAAGUAAUAAGAUUAAGUUAAAUAUUUUAGAAAAAUGACAAAUUUUUAUUGUAAAUAUUAAGUUAAUAAAGGAUUCAGUAGGA